AUGCCCAUAGCCCAGUUGAAAGUAAACAGUAACAAACAGUAUGCACUGAUUGAUGUGUCUCCAUGGGCUUCCCAAUAUCUUCAGAGAAAGUGUCACCAUGACAUUUUCAAUGGUUCCAUAAAAUUUGCACCUUCAACAUUCACUCUUGUUGGCAUCCCGGGGCUGGAGGCAGAACAUAUAUGGAUAUCCAUCCCCUUCUGCCUGAUAUACACCAUCAACUUUCUGGGAAAUGGCCUCAUUUUUCACAUCAUCCGAAUUGACUCUUCCUUGCACCAACCCAUGUACUACUUUCUGGCCAUGCUAGCCUUUGUGGAAUUUGGUGUCUCUGCUUCCACCAUGCCCACUGUAUUAAGCAUCUUCCUCUUUGGCAUUAAUGAUAUCAGUUUUAGUGGUUGUCUGCUUCAGAUGUUUUCUAUGCACUCUUUCACUCUCAUGGAGUCAGGUGUCCUUCUGGCAAUGUCAGUGGACCGUUUUGUGGCCAUCUACAGCCCACUGCGCUAUACAACCAUCCUGACAAUUGCCCGCAUUACUGGGAUGGGUGUUGCCAUUGCCUUGCGAAGUAUAACGCUCAUGCUCCCACUGCUCUUUCUCCUGAAGCGUCUGCCUUUCUGUGGCCACAAUACCCUCACACACUCUUAUUGCCUCCACUCGGAUCUGAUCAAAUUGCCCUGUGGAGACACACGCCCCAAUAGCAUCCUGGGUCUAUUUGUCAUUACCUUCACAUUUGGACUAGACUCAUUGCUCAUUGUGGUUUCUUAUGUGCUGAUUCUUCAUACAGUACUGAAAAUAGCUUCUGGAGCAGGGCGGUGGCGGGCACUGAACACAUGUGUGUCACACAUUUGUGCUGUGCUUGUGUACUAUGUGCCCAUGGUCAGCCUCUCCUUGAUGCAUCGCUUUGGACGACAUUUACCUCCACUUCUCCAGACUGUCAUGGCCAAUGCUUACCUCUUCUUUCCCCCUGUGGUCAACCCCAUUGUCUAUAGUAUCAAAACCAAAGAAAUUCGCAACAGCAUUGUCCACACACUACCCAGGAAGAGGGGUGAGUUCUAAUGGAGACAGAUGAUACUCUGACAGCACAGGAGCUUGGAUCAGGUCCUAUUACCUGAAUAUCAGCUUUGCAAAUAUGAAAAAUUCCAUGGCUUAUUAUUGCUUAUUAAUGAGUUUUAACAUUUUGUAGAUGAAGAAAAAACAAUUUUACAUAUUUCCAUGAGAACAACAACAAAAAAAUGACAUUACUCUGACAUAAAAUGGAAGGAGGCAUAGGACCUGAGCUUUGUCCUGGUGAGGACACACUUUGCGUGGUGAAUCCUUGAAUAUUCAUUUCAGUGACAUAUGCUUCUGGGAAUAUGUACAAAGAGUCUUGGGGAGGUUUAUGUUUCUGGGUAUGUUAAAAUUAGCGAUACAUAUUUGCGAAGGAAAAUAAUCAGGACACAAAAGAGUGCAUAUUGUAUUAUUCUAUUUAUAAAGUUUUAGAACAUGUACACCUAAUUUAGCAUCAAAAAAUGAGAGCACUGCUUACCUUUGAUGGGUGUAAAGAUGGAAGAAUGAAGAGAGACAUGAGGCAAUUUCUGGGGAGGUGGAAAUACUUUGUUGUGUUAGGGAUGUAGGUGAUGUGGUUUGUCAAAUUAUCAAAAUGGUACAGCUAAGAUUUUCACAUUUCAAGUUACAUAAAUUUUAUCUCAAAGAUUCUGAAUGAUAAUAAUAAGGAAAAGGAAAAUAAUAAUACUAACAAUACAGAUGAUUAGAUUGCAUAGUGAAUAGAAGUGUAGAGAAUACAAGAUAGGUGUAAUGUUGAUAAUUGUUCAAAUUGUGUCAUAAGUACCUGAAAAUUCAUUAUAAUAUUCAGUUUACUUUGUACAGCUUACAAUUUCUGAAUAAAAAGAUUCUUAAAAAGUUAUACUCAAUAUGCUAACGUUAAAUCUUAGUUGAACAUGCGCCGUGAAGCAGAGAUAACUUUUAACUGGUCUGUUCGGCUUUAGAAAGCUAUUUUAUGUUUAAUGAGUUAAACACUAGAAAGAAAGAAACACAACUGUUUGAAAAUAUUGUUCUAGAAGAAAAUAACUUAAAAAAAAAACAAAAAGAAAGAAAAAGUAAGGCCUACUCCUGUAAUAGUCUUCAUUGACAUGAAUCACUCGGUAAUAGAUAUGCUUCUGACAAACAGAAAGGUAGGGAGGACAAAAAGAAUUCCAGAAAAUCUCUCAGACAGGAAUUGCAGAGCCCAACAUUUUAUUUUUUUCAGAUAAUUCUGAAUUUCCAUGAACCACAAUGAAUAUCUUAAUAAACCAAACAGUCUUGGGUGAUUACCAGUCAACCAAGUAAUUAAUAAAAGAUUUGGUCAAAUAAUGUGUAUAAGGUAA